CUUGCCCUGGGAGGAGGCCUCGGAGGCAUUGGCCUGGGCACGUAUGCUGCUGUUGGGGACGAGCCCAAGCAGUUUGCCUUCUCGGCAGCCAUGGUGCCCAUCCGGCUGGGGCGGGAUGUGGCGACCGCCGUCACCAUGGUGGCAGACUACCAGUACAGCCUGCGGGGGCUGGAAGGGGAGGAGCGGGAGGCGGCGAAGCGGGCGUGCCACCAGCGCGGCGCCAACCGCCUGCUCGCCUGCUGCUUUAAGAACGGAGGCAUUUACAUCAAGCUGGGCCAGCACAUCGGCAUGCUGGACCACCUGCUGCCCGCAGAGUAUGUGGAGACGAUGAGGGAGCACAUGCUGGACCGCUGCCCCGUGUCCACAUACGAGCAGGUGCGGCAGACGAUCCAGGAGGACUUGGGGCGGGUGCCCGAGGAGCUGUUUGCCCAGUUUGCGCACCAGCCGGUGGCCAGCGCCUCCCUGGCGCAGGUGCACGAGGCGGUGGACCAUGACGGGCGGCGGCUGGCGGUCAAGGUGCAGCACCGCGGCCUGCGGGAGGCCUCGGCUCUGGACCUGGCCACCAUCGACUUUCUGGUGCGGGCGGUCAAGGCGCUGGCGCCCGAUCAGGACUUCACGUGGCUGGUGGAAGAGAGCAAGGAGAACCUGCCGCUGGAGCUGGACUUUCAGCACGAAGCCGCCAACAGUGCGCGCUGCGCGGCCAACCUGGGCAGCCGGCGGUCGCGCGUGCGCGGGCGCGUGGCAGUGCCCGCCGUCGACCUGUCGCGCACCUCACACCGGGUGCUGACGAUGGAGUUUGUGGAAGGCGUCAAGGUGACGGAUGCUGCGGGGCUGGCGGCGCUGGGGGCGGAGGCGGGGGAGGUGUCGCGCCUGAUCAGCGAGACCUUCAACGAAAUGAUCUUCACCUUUGGAGACGUGCAUUGCGACCCCCACGCAGCAAACCUGCUGGUGCGGCGCACGCCAGACGGGCCAGGUCCCGCCCCCGCCGCCGCCGACAGCGCCGGCGGCAGCAGCUGGCAGGGCGGGGAGGGCGGGGUGAAGGCCAAGGGGCGGUGGCAGCUGGUACUGCUGGAUCACGGGCUGUACCGCCGCCUCACGGAUGACUUCCGCCUGGAGUACGCCGGCCUGUGGCACUCCCUGGUAUUUGCAGACGAGGCCGGCAUCCGCAAGCACAGCACGGCGAUGAAUGCGGGGGAUGCGGUGCCGCUGUUUGCUGGCAUGCUGACUCAGCGGCCGUGGGAGGAGAUCACCAAGAAGGAGCCCUCUGAGCGCCUGCGCCUGCGGUACACGGCGGAGGAGCGGGAGCGCAUCCAGGACUAUGCGGCGCAGUACGCGACGCAGAUUGGCGACCUGCUGCGCCGCAUGCCCCGCCCCCUGCUGCUGCUGCUCAAGACCAACGACUGCCUGAGGGCCGUUGACCUGGCGCUGGGACGCCCCGCCGUCAACUCCUUUGUUAUCACCGCCCGCGAGAGCGCCCGCGCGCUCGCCUGCCACCGCCUGCGCCACCGCCCGGGGAUGCUGUCCCGCCUGGCGGUGGCCGCUGACCUGGCGGGGGUGGAGGUGCGCAUGGCGGCGCUGCGCCUCGUCGCCUGGCUGGCCGGGCUGCAGCUGGAGCUGGAGGCGUGGCUGAGGGGCGGCGGCGGCGCGGAGCAGCGGGCCGCGCUGGCGGGGGCGUGACCCCUCAACAGCGGCCGGCGGCACCUGCGGCGCCACGCGGCUGCCAUGAGCCUGCCUGUCCCCAAUCCCUUCCCCCUGCUGCUCCUGCUUUCCGUCCUCCGCUUGCAUCUGCCUCUGCUCGCGUGCGUGACCAGCCCCCGCCCUCCUCUACCCCUUUGUGUUGCCACCACCCAACCCCGCUUGGACUCGGAUGCCCACUUCACAUGUGGCGUGCACUGACCCCCGCUUGGCCCCCAGCCUGCACCCGCCAAUGCCGGGACUCAUUUCAUUCAGCGGUGUGGAAGAAAACAACGUCAAACCCCCGCAUG